CUUCGUUCGCAUGUGGCUUCCCGUGAAAGGGCAAUUCAGCUGCUUCUCCUUUACUGCUGAGAUGGGGAAACCCGGUGGCAUCGUCUUCUUGUUCCUAUCGUUCCUUCUCCUCCUUCCUUUAUCAAGGGCCUUCUACCUCCCUGGCGUUGCUCCCAGCGAUUUCCAGAGGGGGGAUGAACUGCAGGUGAAAGUGAAUAAGCUUUCAUCUACAAAAACGCAGCUUCCAUAUGAUCACUACUACUUGGAGUACUGUAAACCUGAAACAAUAGUGAACAGUGCUGAAAAUUUGGGAGAGGUCCUUCGUGGUGAUCGUAUUGAGAAUUCUGUCUAUUCAUUUAAAAUGAGGAUUGAUGAGUCAUGCAAAGUUGCCUGUCGGCAAAAGCUUAGUGUCGAAGGUCUCAAGAACUUCAAGGAGAAGAUUGAUGAUGAGUAUCGAGUUAACAUGAUAUUGGAUAAUCUUCCUGCUGCAGUUCCUAGACAAAGAAGAGAUGCAAGUCAAAUACCAAGUUAUGAACAUGGUUUUCGUGUUGGUUAUAAAGACAACCAAGUUUCUGGGAGCAAAGAUGAAAAAUACUAUAUCAACAACCACUUGGCUUUCACUGUCAAGUAUCAUAAAGACCACGAUUCAGAUGAUGCUCGUAUAGUUGGUUUUGAGGUUACACCCAGCAGCGUGCAUCAUGAAUACAAUGACUGGGAUGAUAAGAAUCCUAGAUUGCUGACAUGCAACCCGAACACCAAAAUUGCUCCUGGCACUCAUGGUCCUCAGGAAGUGACUGCUGAUACACAUAUUGUUUUCACUUAUGAUGUUACUUUCCAGCCUAGUGAACUCAAAUGGGCAUCUCGUUGGGACACUUAUCUUCUGAUGAAUGAUGAUCAAAUUCAUUGGUUUUCCAUUAUAAAUUCCUUAAUGAUUGUGCUGUUCCUUUCUGGAAUGGUUGCUAUGAUCAUGAUGAGAACCCUUUAUAGAGAUAUAGCUAACUACAAUCAGUUAGAGACUCAAGAUGAAGCCCAAGAAGAAACUGGGUGGAAAUUAGUACACGGUGAUGUUUUCCGCCCUCCCGUUAACUCCGGUCUGCUCUGCGUUUACGUCGGAACCGGCGUUCAAUUCUUAGGAAUGACUCUAGUGACUAUGAUGUUUGCGUUGCUCGGCUUCCUAUCUCCUUCAAAUCGUGGCGGUCUCAUGACUGCCAUGGUUCUUCUCUGGGUCUUCAUGGGCCUAUUUGCCGGCUAUGCUUCAGCUAGGCUUUAUAAGAUGUUUAAGGGUACAGAGUGGAAAAAGAUCACCUUGAAAACUGCUUUCAUGUUCCCAGGCAUCGUCUUCGCAAUCUUCUUUGUUCUAAACGCUUUGAUCUGGGGUGAGAAGUCUUCUGGAGCAGUUCCCUUUGGUACCAUGUUCGCCUUGGUUUUCCUCUGGUUUGGCAUAUCAGUGCCUUUGGUUUUUGUGGGCAGUUAUCUUGGCUUCAAGAAGCCAGGAAUUGAAGACCCGGUGAAAACCAACAAGAUCCCCAGGCAGAUUCCUGAGCAAGCCUGGUACAUGCAACCAGCAUUCUCUGUGCUCAUCGGCGGCAUUCUUCCAUUUGGUGCUGUCUUCAUUGAACUAUUCUUCAUUCUGACAUCCAUUUGGCUGAAUCAGUUCUACUACAUAUUUGGUUUCCUCUUCCUGGUCUUCAUCAUCCUCUUCAUUACUUGUGCUGAGAUAACCAUUGUUCUCUGUUACUUCCAAUUAUGUAGCGAGGAUUAUCAUUGGUGGUGGAGGGCUUACUUAACUGCAGGAUCUUCUGCACUGUACCUCUUCUUGUAUGCUACGUUCUACUUCUUUACGAAGCUUGAGAUAACGAAGCUCGUCUCAGGGAUUCUCUACUUUGGAUAUAUGCUUAUUGCAUCAUAUGCUUUCUUUGUGCUGACCGGGACGAUCGGAUUUUAUGCUUGUUUCUGGUUUGUGCGAAAGAUCUAUUCUUCUGUGAAAAUAGACUGAAGUUUGGACAAGCAGGCUUGAGCUUAUGGAUUGGAAGGGGUUUCAGAAGAGAGAAGGCUGUUGGUAAUGGUGGUUUGUUGUAGUUCGAAAUGUCUUUUUUGCUUUGUCUAAGGGAAUUUGUUUUCUCUCUAGGUUUAAUACAUGUACUAUUUUGUUUGGAUUGUGACAUCAACUAAUUAAACUAUAAAUGAAAGUUUUUUGACGGC